AAAAUAAUUGAAAGUCAAAAUAAAGACGCCGCUUUUCCCUCCAAAAGGUCCAGAGCGAAUCCCCAGUAUUUUAAUAUCAAUUGAAAAAUAUGGGAAAAUUAAAACAGUAGAAAAACAAAGGUUUGAAACCAUACAGCCAACUCUUCAACUUUUGACAGGAGUCAAUUAUCAAAUGUGGAAGAAUAUUUAUUUGCUGAAAUAUACAACGAUAUCUUUGCCUUAUAUAUGCGCCUUGACGUCGAGUUCAUGAGUGUUCAUGAGUUCAGUCGCGUUGCGGACACCACACCAGCCCAUUUACACCAAGUAAUUAUGAAAACAAAAAAGCUUGGUUCCUGACUGCUUGUUACUGUUGGUUGUAUUUCAUCACUAUUUACCUAAAAUCAGAUUCCUAAAUUAAAACGAUAUGUCGAAUAAAAAAUUGAUAUUGAACCACUACGAUGACGACAGCGAGCCAGAAUCUUUGAUUGCCCGAUGUUUUCAAGUUAGCUCUGAUGUCAAGUACAGAGAAGUACCUACAACUGGGGAGGAAUACUUGCUUUCUGUGAUGAGAGAGCGUGAAAAUUGUGCUGCGGUUACUAGAUGUAAACAGGACUAUUCUAAAUUCGCCAAAAACCAAGACUGCUUUAUUGUGGAGAGACCUCGAGCAAAAGUACAUGACAAAAUAAAACCAACAAUUGAAUGGCAGAAUCUUCAAGUUGCAGACUUCUCAGAGAUCAGAAUGUACAUUGGCAGAUUAGUUGCAAAGAAAUCUCAGUGGCCACGGCAUGUGGCUAAAAUUGAACUAGAACAAACUAAUUUAAUAGGUUGGAAGCAUUUCUUCUCUCAAAAUGAACCUACAUUGACAACUCUACUUGGUUUAAAGCACACCAUUCUGGAUUUGGGACUAGAAAGUUUAACAGCAAUGUUAAAUGAAGUAAGACCUGGAAACAGCAUUGAUCAUAAGACAGGUCAAUGGAUUUAUUCUUUUUUGGCAUGUACUAGACAACCAUUGCUAUCGGAAACCAUAUGCAUAUUAAGAGAUUUAGCAAGAAAAUGUGCAGAAAUUAGGUCUCGCUUAAAUCCGGAUAGCGAAAAUGCAGUACAACAAGCAGCCCCUAUGAAUCUUUUCAUCUGUCUAGUGGCCCGGUAUUUUAGACAACAUGACUUAGCCGAUUGAUAGUUGUACAUAUAUUAGAUAAAUAGUUAAGUAUAUUAGAUAUUAUUUUGGUACAUACAUAC